AUGGAGAUCUCAUCUUUUGCUCAAAGUGAAAUCCCCAAGAAUAGCACGGUAUUCACCUUGUCAACUUCCAGCGAUCUCAAGAUCCUGAUCACCGAGUCGAUUGAAGCGUACCCGCAUCAGGAUAACGACCCGAGCGAUGCAGAGGAAGUGAGCCAAGAUUGUCCCGCAAGGUUUAACUCGCCACAUGCUCCCAUCAUUAGGACAGCUAUCUUCUACGUCAAAAAGUCGGCUCUCGCUGAAAACAAUGUCCUUCCCACAGACCUGGGCUGGAAGGGAGAAGUGCAAAAUGACACAAUCAGUCUCACAAUGGAUAGUAUCAGGGGCAUGGGUGUUUGGCUGGCCACCUUUCAUGGCCAAUUUACUCCUCAUCCAACUAUGUCCAUCGAAGAUAUCUGGGAUGCCAUCAAAGUCUGUGUUGAAUAUGACUUUGAUCGCACAAAAUUGAAACCUUGGUUCGCAGACUGGGUGGACAGAAUUCGCGAUGAGCAGCCCGUGAAGUGGAGUGACGCCAUGUUCAACCGCCAGCUCCUGUUCCCCUGUCACUUUUUUGACGACGCGGAAGGGUUCAAACACUUGACCAGAUGUCUGGUUUACAACACAAACAUGUUCUCUCAAAUCAAAGAGUCGAAGCCGAUUCUCUUCAACCGAGGGCAUCUUACUCCCAGAUUCGUCAUACAGCAACUCAAUGCGGUUAGGGAAAAGCUCCGCACGACCCUUCAAGGCCACGUUUCUGCAGAAGUCGAUAGGAACCUCCAACAGAAUCCGUGCGACUGCAAUGAGACCUCAAUCUGCGUAUACCUAAAGGAACUCAAUCGAAUUGGAAUUAGGCCAUGGGGGGACACAUUCUACAAAAGCAGCAUCAAGGAGAUCACCGACAGACUCGAACUAUUUGACAAGGCCCACAUUCGAAAGCUAAAUGUGAAGCCAUGCCAUUGCAAAUUCUCGCCGCAUUGCGGAUGCUCCAUUUCCUGGGAUGAGGUGAUCAAGAAAGCCCGCAACGAGACUCUCGAGUACUUUGAAGGUUUGUGCUUGGACUGUAUGAGGCGGUCUCCCAGGAAAGAUUCGAAGUACUGGAGACCUGAAAGUCACCAAGAAGAUUAUGACAAACAUUGCCGUAUUUAUCAUGGCAAGACAAGCUGGUAUUUCAGUUUCAUGGGGGAACGUUAG